UCACAGCACAGAGCGACACCAGCUGCUGUUACACAGAGGAGAAACCCUUCAGACAGCGCCGGAGGCUCAGAGGAAGAUGAACUGGACCUUUUUGGAGAACGUCCUCAGUGGGGUGAACAAGUACUCUACUGUGAUUGGUCGCAUUUGGCUGUCCGUGGUCUUCCUCUUCAGGAUCCUGGUGUACGUGGCGGCGGCUGAGCAGGUGUGGAAGGACGAGCAGAGGGAUUUUGUGUGCAACACGGAGCAGCCCGGCUGUGAGAAUGCCUGCUUCGACCACUUCUUCCCCAUCUCACAGGUGCGUCUGUGGGCUCUGCAGCUCAUCAUGGUGUCCACCCCGUCCCUGCUGGUUGCACUGCACGUGGCUUACAGGGAGCACCGGGAGACCAAACACAAGCGCAGAUUGUACCGGGACAAAGGGAGUAUUGAUGGAGGUCUGUUCUGCACCUACACAGUCAGCCUGGUCUUCAAGAUAGCCUUGGAGGUGGGCUCUCUGCUCGCCUUCUACUUCCUGUACAACGGCUUUGAGGUGCCCAUACUGCUCCGCUGCAGCCAGAGUCCCUGUCCAAACACCGUGGACUGCUACACCGCCAGAGCCAAGGAGAAGAAGAUCUUCCUCUACAUCAUGGGCUGCACAUCCAUCCUCUGUGUCGCUCUGAAUGUUGUGGAGCUCAUGUACAUUACAUGGAAGCAGCUGUGGAAGUGUUUCACCAGGCGCUACAUCCCAGUGGAGGAGAGUGCUCUCAGCCACAGCCGGCCUCCUGUUUCCAUUGUCAACAAGUUUGUCUCCGCUGAGCCCACAGCAAACACAGAGGACAGCAGCACACAGCCCACAUGUGAAAACCAGCCUGUCCAGUCCUCAUGUUCCGUCUCACAGUGAGACCACAGUGAGACCUGGUUUCCUUGACAACCAACACUGCUCACAGGAGUCACUCUUCAACACCUGUACUACAAGAGAGGAGCUGUGGUAAAG